ACCAUCUCCAAUUUGCAGAAAGGUAAAGGUAAGCAACGUCAACUGGACCUGGAGCGGGCGCUCACUGCCAGGGACAAGGUGGGCGUCCAGGACUUGGUGCUUCUUGAUGCCCACAGCAGCGAGGCCGCGGUUCUGGACAACCUGAAGGAUCGUUUCUCAGAGGACCUGAUAUACACUUACAUUGGGACCCUUCUGAUCUCAGUCAACCCUUACAAAGAGCUGGACAUCUACAGCAAGAAGCACAUGGACCUGUACAUGGUGGUCAACUUUUAUGAGCUUCCACCUCACAUAUACGCGCUGGCUGAUAACGCCUACCAGACCAUGCUGUCCGAGGGCAAUAAUCACUUCAUUCUGAUCUCCGGUGAGAGCGGGGCGGGUAAAACCGAGGCCACUAAGAAGAUCCUGCAGUACUACGCCGUCAGCUGCCCCAGUAGUUCUCUGCUGGAUUCCGUCCGGGACAGGAUGCUCAUGUCUAAUCCCAUCCUGGAGGCUUUUGGAAAUGCCAAGACUCUGAAGAAUGACAACUCCAGCCGCUUCGGGAAGUAUAUGGACAUCCAGUUCGACAUUCAGGGGGAUGCAGUUGGAGGUCACAUCAUCAGCUAUCUGCUGGAGAAGUCUCGCGUGGUCCAUCAGAACCACGGUGAGAGGAACUUCCACAUCUUCUACCAGCUGCUGGAGGGAGGACGUCAGGACCUGCUGACUCAGCUCGGCCUGGAGAGAGACACGAAGCGUUAUAAGUACCUGGUCCAGGCCGAGUGUGCCAGUGUGAGCUCCAUCAAUGACACCAACGACUGGAAAUCAGUGAAAAACGCCCUCUCAUCCAUGCACUUUGAUCUCGCUGACGUUGAGCACUUGUUCAAUAUUAUUGGAAGCAUCCUGCACUUGGGGAACGUCCAGUUUGAUGGAGAUACCAAAGGUUUUGCUGUUCUUCACUCCAAUGCAGACCUGCGCUGGGUAUCGAAGCUGGUUGGGGUUCAUGUUCAGACUCUGACUGAUGUUCUGACCUACAGGAAGAUUGAAGCCAAAACAGACGAGGUUUUGUGUCCCUUCACGGUCGAUCACUCCAUCUACGCCAGGGACGCUCUAGCCAAAGCCAUCUAUGGCCGCACCUUCACCUGGCUGGUCAAUCGCAUCAACGAGUCGCUGGAGAAUCAGGACUCUACCAGGAAGACAGUAAUCGGAUUGCUUGACAUCUAUGGAUUUGAGGUUUUCUUUGUAAACAGCUUUGAGCAGUUUUGCAUUAAUUACUGUAACGAGAAGCUGCAGCAGCUCUUCAUCCAGCUCACGCUGAAGGCCGAGCAGGAGGAGUACGAGGCCGAGGGCAUCGAGUGGGAACCGGUUCAGUUCUUCAACAAUAAAAUCAUCUGUGACCUGGUGGAGGCCAAACACAGCGGAAUCAUCUCAGUACUGGAUGAUGAGUGUCUGAUGCCAGGUGAUGCCACGGAUCUCACCUUUCUGGAGAAGAUGGAGGAGAAAAUGGGCCACCAUCCUCACUUCGUCACGUAUAACCUGGCUGAAAAGAGGACUCGUAAGACUCUGGAGAGGGGCGACUUCCGCCUGCUGCAUUACGCUGGUGAGGUGACCUACUGCGUAGUGGGUUUUAUUGACAAGAACAACGACCUGCUGUACAGACACAUUAAAGAGGCAAUGCGACAGUCUAAGAACCCAAUAGUGCGUCAGUGUUUCAUCUCUGAUGAGGUGGACAGCAGGCGGAGACCAGAGACGGUGGCGACUCAGUUUAAGAACAGUCUGCAGGGGCUCGCCGAGAUCCUCAUGGCUAAACAGGCGUGGUACGUUCGCUGCCUUAAAUCCAACGAUGACAAGCAGCCAGGGAAGUUUGAUGACGUCCUGGUGAGGCAUCAGGUGAAGUAUUUAGGUCUGAUGGAGCAUCUGAGAGUCAGACGAGCAGGUUUUGCAUAUCGCAGAAGAUACGAAGACUUUCUGAAGAGGUAUAAACCGCUGUGCCCGGAUACCUGGCCGCACUGGAGAGGAGUUCCUGCUAAAGGAGUGGAGAGACUGGUGCAGCACCUCGGCUACCAGCCUGAUGAGUACAAGAUGGGCAGGACCAAAAUAUUUAUUCGCUACGCCAGGACACUGUUCGCCACUGAGGACGCCUACGAGAUCUGUAAACAUGAACUGGUUGCAAAGAUUCAAGCUAAAUACAAAGGUUAUAGAACUAGAGAAGACUUCAAAAAACAGAAAGAAGCUGCUACUAAAAUUGAGACGUGCUGGAGAGGAGUUCAAGCUCGCAAAGAACGAGAGAGACGAGCCUGGGCUGUCAAAGUCAUCAAAAAAUUUAUUAAGGGUUACAUGACGCGAGGCGAAGCUAAAACCACAGAUAACUCCGAGUACCUGGCGUUCGUCAGGCAGAGCUACCUCAACAGGCUGAAGAACAACCUACCACAAACAGUUCUGGAUAAAACCACAUGGCUCAAACCUUCACAUGUAAUGACCGAGGCAUCUGAGAUGCUGCGGCGGCUGCACACGCGCUGGUUGGUGAGGAAGUAUGUGAGAGGAAUCACUCCUCAGAGGAAAGCUCAGCUCCAGAUGAAGGUGGUAACCAGCACCAUAUUUAAGGGGAAGAAGGAAAGCUACCCUAAAAGCGUGUCUGUGCCCUUUAUUGACACCAGGAUCAGUGAGCAGGACAUUAAUGUUCGUGUCAUGCAGAUGAUAAACCAGGAACGUAUCAAGUACAGUGUUCCUGUGGUCAAAUAUGACAGGAAUGGGUUUAAGCCCAGACCAAGACAGUUGAUCCUGACUCAGGUGGCACUUUAUGUUGUAGAAGAGGCCAAAAUCAAACAGAGAGUCCAAUAUGUCUCGCUCAAAGGUGUUUCUGUCAGUAAUCUGGGUGAUACCUUCAUGAUUCUCCAUGUCGUGUGUGAUGCCCCCAAACAAAAGGGUGAUCUGGUGCUUCAGUGUGAUCAUUUAUAUGAAGUUCUGACUAAACUAAGCCUGCUCACCAAAAAGCAGGACGCCAUCAAUGUGCUCCAGGGCAGUAUAAAGUUUGAGAUCCAGGGAGGUAAGGAGAACUUUGUGGACUUCAGUACUGGGCAGGAACCUUCAGUAUUUAAAGACAAAAACGGCCAUUUGAUGGUGGUUACACCACGAAUCAAGUCCAGAUGAUGGAAACACCACGAAGACCUGGUGCUCAUGAAGUGAAAGAGAUCUGAGCUUAGUAUUCUUAAUGUGUUCACACCUCUAACAAACUGGUAAAGAAAAAGAUGAAGCUCCUCAGUACAAAGUCUAAAUAUUUAAAUAAAGAAAACAUUAAAGACUUCCAAGUGCUGGGACUGGAACCAACAUGAACCAUCAUCAAUCAAGGGUGUAUAUAGAGGAAGAUCUUUAGAACUUUCCUUUAGAACUCACCUUACAGCCGUGCUUGGAACCUUAAAGACUGAAGAUCCAGAAGAUCUGAGCUGAUGAACACAGGCGUUACAGGAUUUCUGAAACCUGUACCAUAAAGCCAUAAUGUAAACUAGAGCGGUUUUAUAUCUUGAAAUGUGUAAAACAAAUUCAGGCGAAUGAAAGGUUUUGGUAAA